AUGAACUUUAAUUAUCCCGAUUUUUUGCAAGAGCGCCCCGACAAAGGUGUUAAAAACCAGUUUGGGUCGACGGGCAAGCAUGAGAAUUUAGCAAACGAAUCUAAAAACGAAAGUGGUGAAAGUGAAAAUGAUAGAAACAACGGAAGUAAUAAUUUUAACAGUAUAUUGUUCAACAAAUUGACGAAUUUGGAGAGUGGACAAUCCCAAUCGCCAACUUCCAGAGGACAUGGUGACAUGAAUGCUAGUAUGAUGUCGCCAAUGAUGGGAUCACAAUUCCAGUCACAAGGGGCACCGGGUGGAGGAAUAGGUCUGUAUGGCCAAAAGGGGGCAUUAACGCUGCACGAUUCGUUCAACUUGCCUGUUGAGUUGCAGGGAGGCGUUGGCACCAUUUCAUCGAGAAGGCCUAGUUAUGCGGCCGAGUCCUUCACCAGGUCCAACUUACCGAUCAACUACAACAAUUUUUUAAACAUGAAUUUGAAUCAAGGGGGUGCUAGCCAUCCUGAUGAGUCGCAAGAGCACGUCUCGUAUAACAACGACAGCAAUAAGGGAGGUAGUGAGAAGAACUCGUUGGCAACAUUUGCGGCCGCAAAUAACUACUCCAAUAAUAAUAGUGGCAAUAGUAAUAACAGUAUCGAUAUGAGUCGCUUCAAUGACAGCUUUAAUAAUAUCGACUUGAACGCCAACUUUAACGAUUUCCAGAGCAGAAGACCCAGUCAGUUAGUCGGGUUCCAAUCAAAUUUUAAUCCGUAUCCUCCGCCAUUGAACUAUAUGCCACAGCCCAUGCAAACAACAAACUCUGUAAUAAAAUUGGAAAACGGCUUGAUGUUAAGAGACCAGUACAUUGUUGCAUCGCCUAACUUAAAAUCCUUGUACAUGAAAACUGCUAGAUACUUCCAGAACGUGGAAACUAGUGAACAUAUAAUAAGCCAAUUAAACGAAUUGAUCAACAAUCCAGUUAUUAUUAAAUUGAUAACUUUCAUUAAAAAUUUGAACAAUUUGACGUUCAACCACAAAAUUUUGUGUCUAGUAAUAAAUAAAAACGGAAAAUCUGACUUGUUAUCUUACCCUAAUAAUUCAAAUAUAUUCCUUCAAAAACACAAUUUAGUCAUUGUUGAUGGUGAUAGAGGUAAAGAUUUAGUGAUGAUCUUAGAGCCUUUGGUUAAUUUGAACUUUGCGAUUUUGUUUAACUUUUUGAAAAAGUUAGAGCAUCUUAAAUCGUUAACUAUUAAUGAUUCCAACCAAUCUACUAACAAUAACCUGCAGCUGCAACUGAAAGGUGCUAAGAAACCAAGCGGAGGCACACAUUCGACUUCUAUCAAUGCAUCGACUAUUGUGAAUUCUCAUAAUAAUGAAGAUAACGAAUUCAUUAUCACGUUACCAACUAAACAAGUAUUAAGAUUUGCUACACCAAAGGAAGUUCACAAAAUCAGUGGCAAGUUCUUGGAAGAAAAGAAAGCAUUCAUCACUUGUUUCAAUAAAAUCAAAGAGUUAAAUUUGAACAACGAUUUACAGUUGAUCAAUGUCGAAUACCAAUCUGAUUUCAAAAAAUUAAUUUUCUAUUACUUUGCAGGGUUCAAAAGAAUAGACUUUAGGGGAUUAAUCAAGGAAUUAUUUAAAAUCUACAAGACAAGAAUUUGGUUGUGCGCUGUUUUACCCUUUGAUAAGCCAGAAUUAUAUAUCACUUUGAAUGAAAAGGACGAUGUAAAGGAACCAAAAAACGAAAUCAAGAAUUAUAUUCCUAAUGAAUAUGAAUUAUCGAAUGAGCAGAUAUUGAACUUUUCUAUUAACGAGUUCCAAAACUUGGCUGAUCCAAAUUACUUCCACCUGGUAAAUUUAAAGAAUUUGAUCAGGCAUUUGUCAAAUGAAAUCACAGGAGACUUUUACGGAUUUAAUAAUAAGACUGAUUCUGACCCUUCUGCGCCACCACAUACUUCGAGUUCCAGUAGCUCCAUUCCACCAACUUCCAGUUCUUCAGCCGCUACUAAUAUUACUAGUGGGGGUAUAUUUGACCAUUACGAUUCGAAUAUUAAUUUUAGCAACAAUUCAAACAUUUUGCCCAACUUCAAUCCAUUUGGUGAUGAUAAAAACCAUUUCCAAAUGAAUAGAUAA